AUGUCAUUCACUGAGAUCCCUGAGUAUGAUAGGAGGAACACGUCAUGUAAUGUAAACAGUGUGACCGGCUUUAGUCAUAAGAAAUGUAAAAAACUACACAGCUGGGAUAACAAGAUUGUGCUGAAUAUAGAUAAACCAUAUUAUGAAGCAGAUGAAGAGGUUACAGUCACAUGCACAUCAGGAUACAUUCCGUCCCGCACAGUAAUAAGAUGUAUUAAUAACAAGCAGAGGAAUUACUGGGAUCACACUGAUAUCACCUGCAUAGAGAAAUGUAAAAAACUACAAUGCUGGGAUAACAAGAUUGUGCUGAAUAAAGAUAAACAAUAUUAUGAAGCAGAUGAAGAGGUUACAGUCACGUGCACAUCAGGAUACAUUCCGUCCCGCACAACAAUAAGAUGUAUUAAUAACAAGCAGAGGAAUUACUGGGAUCACACUGACAUCACCUGCAUAGAUUUGCAGGUAUACAGUGUACACAUUACAGCUAACAGUAUCUCCGUAGGAUGGGCCUGUAUACCUGCUCCGUGCCCUAAGCUUUGGAACAUCAGGGUUUUGUGUAAUUUACAAAACAAUAAAAAAUAUUGUCAGAAACCUGAAAUAUCUAAAGACCGUGUGACAUUCUCAGGAUUACAGCCCUUUACUGAGUAUAAAAUCACUGUCUUUAACCGUAAGGAUUGGAUGAAACUGAAAGAAACAACAAUCAGAACAAAUGAGACCGCUCCUCAAUCACCUUCUAUAAUGAAAUACCCCAGUAUUACUGAUGGCACGAUAGCGUGGAAACUGAACAAUGAGAGGGGGAAAAUCACAGCUUACCAGCUGAAUAUCACAGCCCAGAGAGAUUACAAUGGCUCCUUCUCUGAAGAAGAAUCUUAUUGGUUUAAUGCAACUGUAACUGAAUAUAAAAUCCCACUCAAGUACGGAACAAACUACACCAUAACACUUAGCGGUUCUACAUCAGCUGGAGCUGGAACACCUGCAGUCUGGAGUUAUGAGACCCCUAUUGCAGAGCCUCCAUUAAUACAUAAGAGAAAGAUUGAAGCUGGAGACAAGAUGGCAGCUCUGCCCCUUCACCCUGUUCCUGACCUGCACGGACCAAUCAGUUAUUAUGAGAUCAUUAUCUUCACUGGUUGGAGUGUAAAUGCAAGUGAAGAAUGCUUGCGCUACACGAGUGCGCACUACAAUACCAGUGUGAUACCUGCUGUGUAUACUGCCGCACUACUACCUGCACAUAACUUCACCAAUUCUACGACGCUCACUCUGGGGGAUGAACAGCAUUACGGACAAUACUACAAUGCUCCCCUGAGAAAGGGUCACAACUACACAGUGGGAGUGAGAGUCACAAGCCAAUGGAAACAGGUGAAGAAAUCAUCCUGCACUUUAUUUGAGACAUUUCAAGUGAAGUUAUCUGGUGAAUCAUCUGCCCUGGUUGCAGGACUGUCAGCUGCAGCUAGUGUAUUACUCAUCCUGGCACUGCUUCUGAUUGGCUGGAAAUAUUUACUAUUCAGACGUGAUGGCAGAUCCCGGAAGCAAUCAGACAUCCCAUUGAAUUCCCGAACUAGCAUAGGUAAGUAUGACUAA